UUGGUUUCCGGCAGCGAAUGCUGAGCCCUGGCUAAUUCUGACAGGGUAGCGCAAGCUGGCGGUCCGGUGACGCUCAUGUCCUGCAGAAGUUUAAAGUUUGUAGUGCCCCGACGGGAAUGAACUUCUUUGACCUUUUCCGGGGCUUUUUCGGCUUUCGUGGACCUCGGAGCCACAGAGAUCCCUUUUUUGGAGGGAUGACUCGAGAUGAUGACGAUGAUGAUGACGAAGAAGAGGAAGACAGAGGCACGUGGAGUCGAGGGAGCUAUAGGUUUGAUGGUUCUCAGCCUCCGGAGGAAUUCGGUUUCAGCUUCAGCCCCGGAGGAGGCAUGCGAUUCCACGACAACUUUGGCUUUGAUGAUCUAGUACGAGAUUUCAAUAGCAUCUUCAGCGAGAUGGGGGCCUGGACCUUGCCUUCCCACUCCCCUGAGCUUCCAGGUCCUGAGUCAGAAACACCUGGUGAGAGACUGCGGGAAGGGCAGACGCUGCGGGACUCAAUGCUUAAGUACCCAGAUAGUCACCAACCCAAGAUCUUUGAGGGGGUCUUGGAGAGUCAUGCUAGACCUGAAUCCCCCAAACCAGCUCCAGAUUGGGGGUCUCAGGGACCUUUUCAUAGGUUGGAUGACAUAUGGCCUGUGACUCCCCAUUCUAGAGCCAGAGAGGACAAUGAUCUUGACUCCCAGGUUUCCCAGGAAGGUCUUGGUCCACUUCUUCAACCUCAACCCAAAUCCUAUUUCAAGAGCAUCUCUGUGACCAAGAUCACCAAGCCAGAUGGGGUAGUGGAGGAGCACCGCACUGUGGUGGACAGUGAGGGACGGAGAGAGACCACAGUGACCCAUCAAGAAGCACACAGCAGUUCCAGAAGUGAUCCAGUCUCUGAAGGUUCAUCAGCUCUGGAGGAUCCCUUUUCCCUCCUGGAUUUGCUCCUAGGACGUUGGUUUCGGUCCCGGUAGCUUUGUUUCAGAAGCCUUCAGGUCCUUUCCACUCCCUUCCCAUUGCCCAUUGCCAAUAAGCUUAGCUUUUUGUGUCAUCCUGAGGUUCUUGAGUGUGUGAAACAAUUCAUUGAGCUUAUGCCAGUCUGUCAUUCAUCCAAACUGACCAAUAAAGCCUUUAUUUAUGCUAAA